AUGGUGAGGGGCGGUACCGCGCGGGCAAAGGCGAGUGCGAGUGCGACGCGGACACGCGGCUGUACAGUCACCUGUUGCAGGCGGGGCGCGCACGUGCCGCGGCGCGCGGCCCGCGCCCGUCUUCGGCACCGGCACAGUGCCGCGGCGGCGGGCGGCGAGCGCACAGCGCCCGCGCCGGCAUGCGACGCUAGCGCGAGCAUGCGGCUGCCGCUACUGCCGCUCCUUGUGCUGCCCCUCGUCCUCCGCCCGGCGGCAGCCGGGAUCUGCUGGUCGGGGAUGGAGCGUGGUGGGCGCUGCAGCUCGGUGGCGGCGCUACGCGUGGGCCGCGCGGAGUGCUGCGCCGGCGCCGCGCGAGCGCCCGCCGCCUGGAGCCCGCGCGACCUCGACAGCGGACAGAUAUUUUUCUACAAGGCGCUCUCUGGUGGCGUGCCUUGCACCGCAUGCGAUGAAUCAUGCUCUGGAGUGAGAUGCGGCGCGGGCCGGCGGUGUGCGGUGCGCGGGGGACGCGCGCGGUGCGUGUGCGCGGCCGCGUGCCGGCGGGCGGGUCCCGUCUGCGGCACGGACGGCCGCACGUACCGCUCGCUAUGCCGCCUGCGCCGUCGCGCCUGCCGCCGCCCCGCUAAACAUCUCGCCCUCGACUAUCCCGGACCCUGUCAAGUGGGUACGUGUGAGGGCGUGCGGUGCGGCGGCGACAAGCGGUGCGUACUGGACGCAGAGCUCGGCGCGCAUUGUGCGCGGUGCGGCGCGUGCAACACGGCCGGCGCGCCUGUCUGCGCGGUCGACGGCCGCACCUACGCCGGUGCCUGCGCACUGCGCCGCGCCGCAUGCGAGCGAGGCCGCGCACUGCCGCUAGCUUACAGGGGAUCUUGUAUAGCGAACGCGACUUGCGCGUCAAUCAGGUGCGGCAGUGGACAGCGGUGCGUGUCGGGGGGCGCGAGCGGCGCGCGCUGCGUGUCGUGCGGGGCGUGCGGUGCGGGCGGCGGGGCGGGAGGGACGCGGCGCACGCUUUGCGGCACGGACAAGCGCACCUACCCCUCCUGGUGCCGGCUGCAGCGCGCCGCAUGUCACGCCGGCACUGUCGUCGACACACUGCAUCGCGGACCCUGCAAAAGCAACAGAAAUAUAACGGACAAUAGUGUGACUAACGAGAGGCACGGAGGGGACAUAGACGCGGCGUGAGCUGCAUCCUCUCUUACUUAUCUAGUAGACAUAGCACAGCGCGUCCUGUGGCCUCAGCGCCGGCUCAAGGCGGCAGUAGCCGGAGUGUUAUAGUGCUGUACAAACUUUAUGGCGGCUCGCAAAAUCACAUCUUUGUCUAUCAAGAAACAGCCCUCUUGAGAGUUUUAUAGGCCCUAGCAGAAAAGCGCUAUCACAACCACGAGUCACCAUAAAGUUUGAAUCUUGUAAUACUUAAUAAGUCUGAUACCAGUUAAAGCCAGUUUAAAUACCUUUAGGAGCUAAUACUUACAGUACGAAUUUCAUUGAAUAGGAACUAGAGAGCUUGCAGAUUAAACGUCAUAUGGUCAAAAAUGUCAAUCUCAAUGCUAUGUAGAAAUAUAACAAAUGUCAAAACUGAAGCACUUUUUUCGAAUUUUGUAGAUAAAUAAUUCUAUAGUUUUUAAUAAUUAACACUUACAUUAUAAAAUUUGAGCACCAAAUUGUACUUAAUGUUUAGUUAAGAUAGGACAGUAGUUAGCGCAAUGUUCGUACUCUGACUUACUGAUUGUUUCCUUCUCCUCGAUGUCAGCGCACACGACUUGGAUGAAAUGAA